AUGAGUAAUGUUAAAGCUUAUGAAUUAAGGACCCUCAAGAAAAAAGAAUUAUUAGAUAAGUUAGAUGAAUUAAAAAAAGAAUUAAGUGGCUUAAGAAUAAGCAAAGCCAUAGGGAACUCUGCAAAGAAUUCAAAAAUCCACGGCGUCAGGAAAAAUGUGGCAAGAGUCUUGACUGUUUAUAAUCAAAAAAGAAAAAUGGAAUUGAGACAAUUAUACAAAAACAAAAAAUUCAAACCAUACAAUUUAAGAAAAAAGUUGACAAAAAGUAAAAGAAUUCAAUUAUCACCCAAACAAAAAGCAGCUAUGACAUUAAGACAAAAAAAAAAAGUACAAAAUUUCCCACAAAGAAAAUACCUCGUUGUACACAAAGAAUAA